AUGUUAUAUCAUAAGGCCUAUAUCAUAAAGAAAAUAUUCCCAAAAAUAGAGUACAAGCUAUUUGGGAUGAAACCUGAUGAGCCGUAUGCAGUUAUGUUACGAAUUGAACGAGUUGACGAGAUGAGAUACAAGUUCAGUGCAGGAGAAUGGUCCACAAAUGGCAAAGGUGAGCUACAAACUCCAUCACGUAGCAUUCCUCAUCAUGAUGGAGCUGUGGACACUGGAAGAGCAUGGAUGAGCAAAACCGUGUCUUUCGAUCGAGUCAAAGUCACUAAUAAUCAACUAGACAACGAUCCUUUCCACCUAUUUGGGAUGAAACCUGAUGAGCCGUAUGCAGUUAUGUUACGAAUUGAACGAGUUGACGAGUUGAGAUACAAGUUCAGUGCAGGAGAAUGGUCUACAAAUGGCAAAGGUGAGCUACAAACUCCAUCACGUAGCAUUCCUCAUCAUGAUGGAGCUGUCGACACUGGAAGGGCAUGGAUGAGCAAAACCGUAUCUUUCGAUCGAGUCAAAGUCACUAAUAAUCAAUUAGACAAUGAUCCUUUUCAUGUCAUCCUUCAAUCCAUGCACAAGUAUAUCCCCGUGCUUUACAUCUACCACAUGCCAAACUCCAUUAUGUGGAUGGAUCAGAACACGCCAGCAUUGGAUCCGUCGUGCUUGGUUGCAGCAGUCAGAUUCGAUUUCACAGAGUUCAUCGCUGUCACUGCCUAUCAGAACAAUGAAGUCACUCAGCUCAAAAUCUCUCACAACCCCUUUGCCAAAGGCUUCCGAGAAGGCUCAGAACGAGACCGUAAACGCACCUCGACCAGUCCCAUCUAU